AUGAUAUCUAUGACGGCAUAUUAUUGGAAAAGAGUCAACAUUCCACCAUACUUCAACUCAGGUGUUGCUUCUGGUCAUCCUCAUCACCUAUACAUGUGGGGACAACCUCAGCCUAUGAUGCAUCCAUAUGGGCCUCCGUAUGCACCAUUUUAUUCACAUGGAGGGGUUUAUACUCAUCAUGCGGUUGUCAUGGAGGAGGAUUCAAAACUCAAGAUGUUCAAGAAGCUCUGGUGGCUUGCUUUUCGAGAUUACGAGAAAUCUAGCGCAACAGACUAUGCAAAAGUUGCAAGCGAGAAGAUAUCAAAAUUGUUUUCAUGGAAUAGCUUUGAACGAGGACAAGCAAUGAAAAGAAGACGAUGUUUCAUUAUAGUGCUUCUUAAAGGUUAUUUGAUAGGUUUAGAUUACAUGCAUGAUCAUGAUAAAUUGCACCAGUGUCUUGGACCAUUUUCUAUAUCUCUCAAGUAUGUAACUAGCAGACCUUUAGUUUUGUUCUAUGUUUUCCAUCUGGAUUAUAUUUCCCUCUCACUCUAUCAUUAA